GUGAGAGUGAGCCACUAAGAAACAUCUUGUAAGAAUUUACGCUCAAAAAGAUUGCUAAAUUCUGGAUUUUUUCUCAUUCUACUGAAAUUUCUCUUUUCAUAUUUCAAUACGAAAAAUUGUGCUGUAGCUAUGCUAACUUCUGGUUAAUAUUGUAGAAAUCUAUAAGUCUAAGAACUCUGCCAGCCGUCAUUUAGCAUUAUUUAAUUAUUUAUUUGAACAACAAUGGCUAUUUUUAUAACCGAUUGGUUCAGUACUACAACUUCGAUACAAUUUAUCAUUUGCGGUAUAGCUACAAUCAUUCUCACGUACUGGUUCUGGUGGAGAAAACAGACACCUAAUGAAUUACCCAUAAUUAAAACAAUACAAACGUAGGUAACAGUAAUUAAUAUUUCGAACUAGCACAUUAAUUAUUUUUUUUGUAUUAUUUAUCGUUUAGAACGAAACCGGUUGCCACAACAAAUCGAAGUAUUGUUGAUCGUAUGCUACAUGGAAAUAAAACAAUGGUUAUCUUUUACGGAUCACAAACAGGCACAGCUGAAGAUUUUGCUCAAAGACUUUCAAAACAGGCAAAACGAUAUGGUAUUGCUGCUAUGGUUGCUGAUCCAGAAGAGACCGAAAUGGAAGAACUCCAGCGUCUGAUUGCAAUCGAAAAUCAUUUAGCUGUAUUUGCUGUAGCGACAUAUGGCGAAGGUGAUCCAACGGAUAAUUUUCAAGAAUUCUAUGAAUGGUUAAAAGAUGCAAAUGACUUGACCGGUCUACAUUAUGCUGUAUUUGCUCUCGGAAACAAAACUUAUGAACAUUACAAUGCUGUUGGAAAGUAUGUUGAUAAACGAUUAAUUGAAAUAGGCGGUGUUUGUGUAGCUGAAUUAGGAAUGGGUGAUGAUGAUGGAAAUAUUGAAGAUGAUUUUAUUGCUUGGUCAACAAUCUUUUGGAACAGUGUUUGUCAAGCAUAUCAGUUGGUUCGUAAUACAGAUGAAAGCACAAUGAGGCAAUACAAAUUAGUUACAGGCAAUUCUUCAUCAGGAACAAUAUUUACCGGCGAAGUUGGUCGAUUGAAAUCAUAUGAGAAACAAAAACCACCAUUCGAUCUACGUAAUCCAUUUUUGGCACCCGUUUUAGAAAACAGAGAAUUAUUUAAACCUGAUUGUUUACGUUCAUGUCUUCAUCUUGAAUUAGAUUUGGCUAAGUCCAGACUCCGUUAUGAGGCUGGUGAUCAUGUGGCCAUUUUUCCAUCAAAUGAUUCGACUUUAGUCAAUCGUAUUGGAGAGUUAUUAGAAGUUGAUUUAGAUGAAGUCAUAUCACUUGUUAAUGUUGAUGAGGACGCACAGAAAAAAAAUCCAUUUCCCUGUCCAUGUAGUUAUCGUACAGCAUUAACUUAUUAUCUUGACAUUACAAGUAUACCAAAUACACAAGUAUUAAAAGAUAUUGCUCAAUAUGCCACUGAUGAUAGUGAACGUGCUUUAUUAACAUUAAUGGGCUCAUAUUCAGAGGAAGGAAAAAUUAAAUACAAAGAAUGGGCACUGGAUAGUUGUAGAUCAAUUGUUGCUAUUUUAGAAGAUUUACCAUCAUUAAAACCACCACUAGACUAUUUAUGUGAACUAUUACCGAGAUUACAAGCUCGAUAUUAUUCAAUAUCCUCAUCUCCAAAAAUUCAUGAAACAAGUGUUCAUAUCACUGCUGUUGUUGUACAAUAUUUAACACCCACACAACGAAUAGUAAAAGGUGUAGCAACAAAUCAAUUUAGACAUAUGUAUUUGAAAGAACAUGAUCCAAAAUCAAUUUCUAGUGAUAAUAAUAACAAUGAUGCAACAUCGCCAAGUUAUUUUUUACCAGUAUAUAUAAGAAAAUCAACAUUUCGAUUACCAUAUAAAUUUCAAACACCUAUCAUCAUGAUUGGUCCGGGAACUGGUUUAGCUCCGUUUCGCGGAUUUAUUCAAGAAAGACAUUUUCAGAAAACGCAAGGUAAACCCGUCGGCGAAACAAUAUUGUAUUAUGGUUGUCGAAAACGUAAUGAAGAUUUUCUCUAUGAAGAGGAACUGAAAUAUUUUGAAAAUGAAAAAACAUUAGAAUUGCAUGUUGCAUUUUCACGUGAGCAAGACCAUAAAGUAUAUGUAACACAUUUAUUACGCGCAGAUGGUGAAAAAAUAUGGAAAUUAAUAAAAAAUGAUAAUGCACAUCUAUACGUUUGUGGCGAUGCUAAACAUAUGUCACGCGACGUUCAUACAAUUAUCGUAGAUAUUGCGCAACAAUUUGGUAAUCUUACAGCAGAGGAAGCAGCUGCAUUUGUCAAAGAUUUGGUCGUGAAAGGACGUUAUUCACAAGAUGUGUGGAGUUAA